AUGGCCCCCUUCUACCAGUACAUGGACACAGAGAACUUCAAGCUGCCCCACGACGACCUCCAAGGCAUCCAGAAGAUCUACGGUAGGCUAGGCUUCCUCUCAUUUAACACAACCAUCUACUUAUAUCAUCAGUGUGCUGCCGGAGGGUGGCAAGGACAGACGGAGGGGCAGACCUGGGUACACCAUCAAACCUCUCCUCGUCCUUCCUUCUUUUACUUUUCCUCCUCCUCCUCCUCCUCCACCCUUUCCUUGUCAUUGUUGUCUUCAAGGGAAGUGGGACUCGUAUAAAGCAGAUGAGUCUUACCCUUUCCCUUCUUCCUCCUGCUCUUAAAAUCAGGGUUGUAUUGGAGAGAUGUGUGUGUGUGUGUGUGUGUGUGUGUGUGUGUGUGUGUGUGUGUGUGUGCAUGCGUACCAACAUGAGGGUUUACCGUCAUAAGGGAUAGCAUCGAGCGGAGAUUCUAUUUCUGUUUAUGGUGUGUGUGGUUUAUCUCUCCAUCAUUCUCCCUAUCAUUAUAUAAUUGCAAAGUGCUUUGCCCCCACUAAUCCAGGGUCUAUUUCAAGAGAUUUCAUUCAGUCAAUGAAUACAAUCCCUGUGGUCCUCCCAGGCAGCAGCUGAUCAGUUCACUGGACUGACUGACUGGGAUGAUGAUGAUGAUGAUGAUGAUGAUAACUAGUGGAGUUAGUAACUAGCACUGUAAUCCCCUGAUCCUUUGGGCCUACAAUCCCUGGGGAUGAUGGCCCAAGGUCAUGUGGUCAUUCAUGUAUUCAUUUGUUGGUUAGUUCGUUUUUUUGUCCGUUCAUUCAUUCAUUUUUUUUUUCAGUCAUUCAUUCAGUCAGUCAUUCACUCACUCACGCAUACAUUUAUUCACCCUCUCCUUCUCUAUCUCCUAAAGCUGUCACCUCUGUGUAAUAGUCCUAUCACUGUCGUUGGCCCCAGCCUUGUUAUCCAGCUGCAUGAUUGGCACCAGUCCUGUCCAAAUGGGAUUUAUGAUCAUUUAUUAACCCACAGUUAUGGACAGACAUUCAUUAAAGAGGAAUUUCAGCUGUAUAUUUAUAUACAUUUACAUUUUAGUCAUUUAGCAGACGCUCUUAUCCAGAGCGACUUACAGUUAGUGAGUGCAUAUAUUUUCAUACUGAAGAAUACCAUUUUCUUGUUUGCUUAUGGCCUCAUACAGCUCGUUCAGUGCGGUCUUAGUGCCAUAUAAACUAAAUAAGUACACCAACACUGAACCCAACCCCCUUAACAUUCAAUAACACUACUGAACUAAUAAUGUAAAAGAAUCCCAGUUAAUUAAUUUUAAUAAGAACACAGUGAGAGUUGAGUCUGUUUAGAUAGCAGUCCCAAAUGACACCCUAUUCCCUAUAAAGUGCACUUAUUUUGACCAGAGCCAUAUUAGCCUUGGUCAAAAGUAGUGGGAACAGGAUGUAAUUUGUGAUGCAGGCCAGGUCUCGUCUACUCUUAAUGGCUGUAGUCUAACUGGGUGAACACUGGACUGUAAUUGAUGUGUUAAUGAUGACAGUGUGUCACACUGUGUUUCUCUGCUCCUUAUUACCAAUCUAAAUUACUAUUACAUUUGCUAAGCCAAUUACACCACCUCUCUGUAACAGGUAGUUAGAGUGGAUUAAAGCCUAGUGUUUCGGUGGAACCCUGCGACACAAAGUGCCGAGGAGAUCGGCUUAUGUGUGUCUGUGUCCUGUGUCCUGUGUCUGUCGGCUAUUGCAUUAGGACCAAAAUAUUUCAAAUACACUUAGGCUGCAUCCCAAAUGGCAAACUAUUCCCUAUAUACUGCACUACUACUUUAUAGAGCCCUAUGGGCAUAACGUAGAAAAUAGGCUGCCAUUUGGGACACAGCCUGAGAGUACAGUGCUGUGUAGACACCACCCCACCCCACCUUCUAGCUCUGACUCUACUGAUAGCUACGUUAUUGAGGAAAAUGUACUUUCUAUGCCUGUGGUAUGUGGUUGUCCCACCUAGCUAUCUUAAGAUGAAUGCACUAACUGUAAGUCGCUCUGGAUAAGAGCGUCUGCUAAAUUACUGAAAUGUAAAAUGUAAAAUGUAGUAUUUUGAUUGCUUUUGUUUGUUUAUUUGUUUGUUUGUUUAGUAAUAUUGUUGAUGUUGUUUUCAUUCAGGUCCACCAGAUAAGGUACCCCAGCCGACCAAGCCUUUACCGACAGCCCCCCCCACACCGCUCACAACCCCCCUCGGACCCCCGCAAGCCUGACAGGCAGACGCGACCCCCCAGGAUACCUACGGGGGACAAGCCCAGCCAGCCCAACGCCAAGCCUAACAUCUGUGAUGGGGGCUUCAACACCCUGGCCAUUCUGAGACGAGAGAUGUUCGUGUUCAAG